UACUGUAUGACAUUUGCGCGCAUUCAGUGUACCCGAAAAAGCGUGCGGCAAUCCCUUCGAGUGAAAAUUUCGUUCGGUUACGUAGUAGUUUAACAGUUGUUUUUGUAACGGUUGAAUUAGUCAGGGGAAAUACUCAAAAUAAUUGAUUAGUGUAUAAAAAUGAAUUACAAUAAUCAUCGAAUAUUAUUAAUUGCUUUAAUUAGUGUUCAUUUUUUGCUGUUAUAAAGUCGUUAUCUAAUGGUCUUCGAAUAUGAUAAAUUAUGUUUAUUGUCACCGUGUAGUACUAAAUGUUACAAACUAGUAAGAAGGUUUAAUAAUAUUCAAGUGCUCAUCAAUAUCUAAUCGAAGAGUUCAAUUGAUAAUGCAUAUUACCGCUUUUUAAAAUACCAAAGUAAUUCAGUAUUGCUAUUGAAUCAUACCUGUUGGAGUUAUUGUUACGGCCUUAGUUUAAAUAGUGAAAAAGGUUUUUUUAAAAUGUACGAAAAUCAUCGCUAAGUGUGCGAAACUAGCCAUGCCGAUAAAAAAACUAUGGAACAAAGGUCACAGUGGCCAAAAGUUGGUUUUCAUAGGCUAAUGGUGUCGUGCAUCUUUUGUAAACACCGCAGCCACCACCGCCUACAACAACCACCGUAAUGACCUCUAACUUUACUGUUAAUCUCACCGAAAAUGGCACUUACAAUGAAUUGAAUGAUGACCUUUAUCAGGUGCCACCCUUACUGAUAAUUUUACUGAUCAUACUAUACGGAUCAAUAUCGGUGGUAGCCAUAGCUGGAAAUGGACUGGUAAUUUGGGCUAUUACUACAAGUAGACGAAUGAGAUCAGUCACUAACUAUUAUUUGGCUAACCUAGCGAUUGCUGAUAUUAUCCUAGCACUGUUUGCCAUACCUUUUGAGUUCCAGGCAGCAUUACUACAAAAAUGGAAUCUGCCAUCGUUUAUGUGUGCCUUUUGUCCGUUUAUAUCCGCACUGUCAAUCACAGUUAGUGUAUUUACACUUACAGCCAUUGCCGUGGAUAGACGCCAAGCCAUUCUGAAUCCAUUCGCAGCUCGUACGUCUAAGACACAAUGUCUUAUAGUAAUAGGAACUAUAUGGAUUGCUGGACUAGUGUUGAGUUCACCGAUGGCUUACAAUUUUCGUGUUGUAUACCUGGAUGAAGACUGGCCAUUUUGCUCGAAUGUAAAUCUUACGAGAGAAGUAAUGCUCGUAUAUAAAGCACUUUUAGUCAUUGUGCAGUACGUUAUACCAUUAUCCAUUAUGACUUGGGCAUAUUCUGGAAUCGGCUUCGCUCUUUGGGGGUCAUCAGCACCUGGUAACGCUCAAUCACAAAGAGAUUUAAACUUGAUGAGAAAUAAAAAGAAGGUUAUUAAAAUGCUGAUCAUUGUCGUUGCAUUAUUUACGCUUUGUUGGUUACCAUUGCAGACAUAUAAUUUACUACAACAUAUUUUUCCUAAAAUAAACGAGUAUUCUUAUAUAAAUAUAAUUUGGUUCUGUUUUGAUUGGUUUGCCAUGAGUAACAGUUGCUAUAACCCGUUUAUAUAUUCAAUAUACAAUGAAAAAUUUAAACAGGAGUUUAAAAUGAGGUUAGAUUUUAUGUCAGGAAAAAGGCCAUUGACAAGAAAUAUGAGCAUAUUUUCUAGUGGAGGGUUUGAAUGGCGUACAAACCAUGUCAACGUUCACGAACGAAAUAAAAAGAAUAAUUCAAUUGUAACCACUGAUACUCCACUUAUAUUAACACCCGAAAGUUAAAUGUAACAUAAACUAACAGUAUGGUCAGAAAUUCAUUCAUUAGUUGAGUGAAUAAAACCCAUUUAUUAAAUUUUUGAACUUAAAUUGCUGUUACAAUGAUUCCAUUUUCUUUGUCAUUUUGGCAGUUAUUGUUAAAAUAUUGUACCAAAUCGUAGUAUUGUAACAUUGAAAAAGUAUUGAUAAUUUUUUCUUUUGAUACUUAUUUCUUACGAAUAUACAAUUAAAAUGAAUUGUUAAUAUAUUAAAUAUCAAAUUAAUGUUGUAAAUUAAACCAUUUGUUAUAUUAAUAGAGAUUUAAUUUAAAGUAGAAUUAUUGUGUGUACUGUCCAUAUAAUUAGAAAUCUAAUUACAUUUAAA